AUGUCGAAACCCCCGGCUAUGAACGGUCGAGGUCGUUUCUCUUCUCUAGUUGAGGAGCUAGUUGGAGCUGCAAGCUCAGCGGACCGGACUGAACCACACACGAAACAGGCCUUCGAUGAACUUCUCGACGAUGUCUGGAUAGCCCCAACCUCAGAAAAAGCCAACAUCGUCGUAUUGGACAAAUCUACUAUCGCCUCCGGCAGCAAGCGCUUCAUGGAGCGAGUGACCGAGAUUCGACAAAUGGAUACCAUUAGCCUCCUCAAGGGAGAACUACAGCGUGCCCUGGCGAAAGUACACGAAUGCGAGGCAGCUUUUGAAACGACAUGCGGGUUGCCCAACGAUCGACGUAAGAGACGUGCACAAGAGGCGGUCGACGAGCAAUUGGGGCAAGUGGAAGCGGCAAGGAAACGCUUUCGGGCGAACGCGACGAAGGUCGAAGAGAACGACUCCGAGUUAGAAGAACGACAGGAGUCGCAAGAACUCGGCACUAUCACGCUCUGA